ACGUCUUUGCCAUUUGACUUUUGUGUGUGCGAUGAGCGAGUUCACGCUCUGACUGGGGGGAAAAAUUGCGCCGCGUGUGUGAAGUGAAAAAGCCGAUAAAAAUGUAUAUAUUUCAAGUGAUUUGAUAACAAACCCGCUCCGCGUAAGGCGUACCAAUUGCUGCAACUAACACCAGUCAAGCCGCUCAAGUUCGGGAACCGUAGCUGUUCGUACAGCAGGCGAUUGAAAUACCACGCCACAGCGCACCUUGCCCCGGCACAAUCGGCGAGGAGCAACGAAGGAUAUAGGCGCCUUUUCCGGUUUUACAUAAUUGCCGUCGUAGCUGAGACACCCGGAACCGGACUGUUGUGAUCAUCAGCGCGGUGUUGGAACCAAAUCUCGCUAGCCAAAAUCAUCGUCAUCACCAUAGCAGCAGCCAGCAACGAGCAACAGCAUGGACGCGAUAGAGGAACGCAAGGUUUACCGCUUGGUGCUGACGGGAGGACCGUGCGGAGGCAAAACGACGGGCCAAUCGAGACUGUGUACGUUCUUCGAGAACCUCGGAUGGAAGGUUUUUCGCGUGCCUGAAACGGCCACAAUUCUACUCAGCGGUGGCAUCAAGUUCGCCGAUUUGGUUGCCGAAGAAGAUCGAAGCAAAAAGAAGGCACACAAACCCGGCACAUCCGCAGGCACCGCCGCCGUAUCCGCCUCCUCCACUUCCGACGCCACCAAGCCGGCCGUCUUUAAGGAUGGCGUCCCGGAGCAUAGCGUUAUUGAUAUUGACAAAAUUACAACAUGUCCCCGGUGUAUGGCCGCCGCCGUCGGGAAAGUAGGCGAUGUGUACAAGUUUCAGGAAAACUUGCUCCGUACGAUGAUACAGAUCGAGAACACAUACUUUGAGCUGGGCAGGACGAGCAACAAAAAUUGUUUGAUCAUCUGCGACCGUGGUUUUAUGGAUGCGAGUGCAUACAUCUCCAAGGAAAAAUGGGAUCGUAUGAUGCGUUCCAACAACUGGAACCCGGUUGAGCUGCGCGACAAUCGGUAUAAUCAGAUCAUCCACAUGGUGUCGGCCGCGAACGGUGCGGAACAGUUCUACGCCACCGAGGAACAUUCGUGCCGGUCGGAAGGCGUCACACUGGCACGCGAGCUCGAUUACAAGGCCGCGUCGGCUUGGAUCGGCCAUCCGUACUUCGAUGUGAUCGACAAUUCGACCGACUUUGAGAACAAAGUGAACCGCAUGAUCGAAUGCGUCUGCCAGAAGCUCGGCAUCGAUAUUGGCGAUCGGUUAUCGAUCACCUCGCGGAAGGUCAAGUUUUUGGUCUCUGGCCCAAUGCCCCCCGAUACGUCCUUCCCCGCGUUCCAGGACUUCGAGGUGGUGCAUCAUUAUCUGCAAUGCGCUGGACCACGCGUGCAGGCCCGUUUGCGCAAACGGGGACAGAACGGUCGCUGGAGCUACAUCCACACGAUACGCCGGCCGCAGCAGCACGGCCAGUCGAUCGAGGUGCGCACGCAGCUAUCGCAUCGCGAUUAUCUCAACAUGCUAACGCAGCAGGACGAUGCGCACUUUACCAUCUACAAGAAACGGCGCUGCUUCCUGGUCAACAACCAGUACUUCCAGAUGGACAUCUACAAAGAGCCUAGCCAUCCGAGAUGCAAGGGGCUGAUUCUGCUGGAAACGUACACCUCGCUAACUGGGGACAAGUUGAAGGCGAUUCUGCCGAAGUUCUUGAACAUCGUGAAGGAAGUCACCGGACAGCCGGACUACUCGAUGUUUAACCUGUCGCUGCGGGAGGACUGGAACAAUACGAAGAAGUUCUGCUACUCGCUGCACGAUCAAGAUGAUGCCGAGGUGAAAACGAAUGGUCAUUCGCAGAAGAUGAUCAAUGGUAAAGCGUAGUAGUACUAAAAAAAAUGCGCAAGUACGACAGUGCUUGUGCGUUUUUCGUUGCGAUGGAAAGUUGGGUAGAAGAAACGCGAAAGUAUGCGGGGCAUGAACGUGUUUGCUUGAGGUGUGUGUAGGUGGUGGUUGCAGAGAGCCAGAGGUACUGUCGGAGCGGCUGAACGUGUUGUUUUUAGUGUGACUGAUGAGGAACGAAGGUGAGGCGACAGAGGGCAGAGGGUGCAAAAUUACUGAUGAUACGCGAGGACAUUUGAGCCUGAUUAGAGUAUGUUUUAAAAAAAAUAUUGUAUUAAUUUGGUUUAACCCUUGAAGGAGGGUAAAAUAAUUUGUUGAGCAAAAGCUCGUUUUAAAUAUUUUUCUAGAAAAAAAAUCCACAAUCUUGUUUCAAAACCGUCAUGUAACACUGAUAUUUAUUCUCAAACAGCCAAAGCCAUCGUAAUAUCAAUAGAGUCACGAACGUGUAAUGCGUAAACUUAACCGGUAACAUGAAACUUACUAUUUGUUUAUUAAACGGUGUGUACUUUCAAA